CUUAUCACAGAUCUGCAAGCUGCCUGACUCUUUGUGUUAAUGAUUCACAUUCACACAGUGUGGAUCAGGUCCCAGUUUUCCACAGACUUAUCCUCAGUGAUUUGAGUGUUCAUCAUGAAUGAGCUGACACUUGAGUGAUUAACACAUGUCAUUAGCUGUGUAAUGCUGCAGUGUGUGUGUGUGUGUUGUAAAGCUGGUUGUACACUAGCAGAGAGGGCCUUGAGCAUCACAUUUCACCUGGUUCCACUGUGCAAAGUGAUACAGCAGGAUACCUGUGUGUAUAUGUGUGUGUGUGUGAUAUCCCCAGGUCUUGUUCCAGAGCAGCAGUUACACACACAGACAGAGGAGACCCACGACUAACAGCUAGUGAAGCAUUCAGAGCUCCUGACAGGAUGUUAGACUUCAAGACUUUUCUGCGGUGUCGGCAGGCUCUGUCUUAGCGGGGCACAGAGCACAACAGAAUCGAGUGACGCUCUGGAUCUGGACUCGAGCCGUCUGGGCGACUGCUUUGCUAAAUAAUUGAUCUGGUGAGAAGCAAAAAAUGAGGAGGGCAGCACUGAUGGUUUGGAUAAGCCUUCUGGUGCAAGUGUCCUACGGCGCUCAGGGUCAUUAUGCUCACAAGCUUUUGAAAGACCUGAUGGAGGACUACUCCGACGCUCUGAGACCUGUAGAGGACACGGACAAAGCCAUCAACGUCUCCCUGCAGAUCACUCUGUCACAGAUCAAAGACAUGGAUGAGAGGAACCAGGUGCUGACCACCUACCUGUGGAUCAGGCAGGUCUGGCACGACGCCUACCUGAAGUGGAACAAAGAGGACUACGAUGACUUAGAGAUGAUCAACAUCCCCAGUGACCUGGUCUGGAAGCCGGACAUUGUCCUCUACAACAAAGCAGACGAGGAGUCGUCAGGACCGUCUAACACUAAUGUGAAGCUGCGUUAUAAUGGAGAAAUUGUUUGGGACUCUCCUGCCAUCACAAAGAGCACAUGUAAUGUAGAUGUUUCUUACUUCCCUUUUGACUGGCAAUCGUGCAACCUGACCUUUGGCUCCUGGACGUACAAUGGCAACCAGCUGGACAUCAGUUUGGGGAUGGACAGUGGCGACCUGGAGGACUUCGUGGAGAAUGUGGAGUGGGAGUGUCACGGCAUGCCUGCAGUCAGGAACGUCAUGAUGUACGGAUGCUGCUCGGACCCGUACACAGAAAUCACCUACACCCUGCUCCUGAAGCGCCGCUCCUCUUUCUACAUCUUCAACCUACUGCUGCCCUGCUUCCUCAUCUCCUUCCUGGCUCCUCUGGGAUUCUACCUGCCGGCCGACUCRGGGGAGAAGGUCUCUCUGGGGGUGACGGUUCUGCUGGCCCUCACUGUGUUUCAGCUGCUCGUGGCUGAGAUCAUGCCUCCUGCAGAAAAUAUGCCCUACAUAGGAAAGUACUACAUUGCCACUAUGACUAUGAUCACAGCCUCCACCUCCCUCACCAUCUUCAUCAUGAACAUCCAUUUUUGUGGUGCCGAGGCGAAACCGGUCCCACACUGGGCGAAGGUGCUAAUCAUCGACUACAUGUCCAAGAUUUUCUUCGUCUACGAAGUCGGGGAGAACUGCACGACCCCAGAGAGUGCGAGGACUCCGCUGCACCCAGAGGAGCCCAUGGGAGACAAGGGGUGCUACUAUGAUGACAGCUUCCACCAUCAGGACGCCAAGUCGCACAAGUACAGCAACGGCCAAGCCAGACAUCACCACAGCAAGCGUCACAAAAGCCAAGCGAACGGCAGCGCCAACGGCAGAUAUCACCAUCACAACAACCAGAACCAUCAAGCCUCCAGGCUGGAGAGGGGUGAGACGAAUCACCACAUCGGUAGGGACGAACUGGACUACCAGAGCCCUCCCCAUCCAAGAAACCUCCCGCACUUGAACGGGGGUCUUGAGCAGAGCUUCRACCCGAAAGAGAAGUAUCAGAUCCCAUCAUGCCCCUGCUGCUGCCCCUGCCUCCAACAUAAACAGGUGGUGAAGAACAUCCAGUACAUCGCCAACUGCUUCCGUGAGCAGAGAGCAACGUGUGUCAAAGUGGCAGAGUGGAAGAAGGUCGCCAAGGUGAUGGAUCGAUUCUUCAUGUGGAUCUUCUUCAUCAUGGUCUUCCUCAUGAGCAUCCUCAUCAUCGCCAAGGCGUCCUGACAGCUUCGCUGUCCUGUUUUUCUACCAACAAUCAUCGGCCUCAGUGUUACUUCUUUUAGUUUCAACAUAAAUGUUAGAUUCAACCAUAUGGUGUCAGUAACGUGUUUGUGGUUUUUGCUCUGACAGCACUGACCGACUCAACCAGGAAGAAAACUUCAUCAAGCCCUCUCAGUUAGUUAAAGUCAGGUGUACCUGCGUGUAUCAUGAAGUGGUGGAGCCGUAAGACAAUCACGUCCUCUCGCCUCGGACAUGCACACGCUCUUUAUUAUUGAUGAGCUAACAGCCAGACAUCCAGUUUUAUGUUUCUUACAUUCUGUUUUAAGGUGGAUGACGUUUGUCGUCUUUGUUGUGUGUAUUCUGUGUGCACAAAGUGGAGCAGCAUAAUCAAGUAACACAACACAGUUUUAUCCAUGAUCAAGUUUGGGGAGGUUGCCAACGCAGUCUGUGCAGGUGCUGAUAAAAUAAAGCAGG